AUUAAAUUUUCAGUUGUGGAGGUGCAAUAGUAAUAACGAGUAUUGCGUGCUGUAAAAGUGUAUCAAAACUGUAUUGUAGGUAGCUGAGGUUGUGAAGUCAGAUUGGCCGGUCGUCAAAGUAAAUUUUAUAACCAACUGUGCACUAAGCGAAAUAGAAACAUUUAAGAUCAUAAUGUCACUGUGUACUCGACUGUUAAGACCUAAUUUAGCACGAGGAUUUGUCUUUUCUCAACUUAGAAUGAAUUCAAGUCAAGUUGGAGAUCUUGGAAGUGGUGCAGGCAAAGGAGGUGGUGGUGGCGGAUCUAUAAGGGAAGCUGGUGGAGCCUUUGGUAAAAUGGAAGCAGCUAAUGAAGAAGAGUUCUUUUAUAAACAACAACGAGAACAACUGGUGAAAUUGAAGGAGGAUUUGAAUGAUGAAAUAACUUUUCAUGAAGAACAGAUCAAAAGACACCAAGAAGCCAUUAAGAGAAAUAAGAGCCGUGUGAACAAUUUGGAAAAAGGCAACAAAUAAGUUAGCGUACAAUGACAAUAAUUAUUAUUGAUGAUAGCAUCCUAAGUAUUACAGGAAUUAGUUAAGUUAAAAGGCACACAGUAUUUACUACCAAGGGAAAGUUUGCUUUUUAUAUUUUUAUUUAUACAAUUUUAUUCAUUUAAAUGUUCUUUAAAAAUUGUUUAUGCUUAUAAAUAAAAAUUAAAUUAAAUACCA